AUUACCGGGACACUGAAUCGAUGGUGAAAAACCAUUUGAGUUCAGCUGAGGUGUACGAAAUACUGCGAAAUACAGAAGGGUAUUCCUUUAAUUUCCAUGUAAUUGCCUAUAUAAUGUAAUAGCAUUUAUAACAGUAGUAAUAAUAGCAACAAUAAAAUGUUGACUAUGCAUCUUUUCCCCAGAAAUAUCAAAACUCCAAUAGCGUUGCCGUUUCAGUGGUUAAAUAUUACAUUCAAUGUAGUAAAGUCAAAUUCUUCGUCUUCAUCGUCGUCAUCCGAUUCAUCCUCAGAUUCAGAUACUGACACUGAGUCCUCUAAGAGAAACAAAGUUAUUAAUAACAAAAUCACAGAUUACCUGUAUGCUGCAGAUAUAAAAAAGAAACAAAAGCAAUUAGAAGAUGAAUUAAACAGAGCAGCAAAAUCACUUUUAAGCACAGAUGCAGAAGAAGAUAAAGAGAGAAUUGUUUCUAAUAUAUUAAACACUAUUUCUUACAUAGAACAAUACUAUCAGUUAAACAAAAGUGACAAAUCUACAAAUAGAACAAGUAAACAGAGACAAAGUGAAUCAUCUGUAAUUAGAACAUUACUAAAUCAGAAGAAGGAAAUAAAGAGUACUAAAAAUCAGCUUAGACAAAAACCUGAAUUGGAAGAAGAACCAUCUGUAAUUAGAACAUUACGAAAUCUGCAACAGCAAAUAGAGAGUACUGAGAAUCAGCUUAGACAAAAACCUGAAUUGGAAGAAGAACCAUCUGUAAUUAGAACAUUACGAAAUCAGCAACAGCAAAUAGAGAGUACUGAGAAUCAUCUUAGACGAAAACCUGAAUUGGAAGAAGAACCAUCUAUAAUUAGAACAUUACGAAAUUUGCAACAGCAAAUAGAGAAUACUGAGAAUCAGCUUAGACGAAAACCUGAAUUGGAAGAAGAACCAUCUGUAAUUAGAACAUUACGAAAUCAGCAACAGCAAAUAGAGAGUACUGAGAAUCAGCUUAGACAAAAACCUGAAUUGGAAGAAGAACCAUCUGUAAUUAGAACAUUACGAAAUCAGCAGCAGCAAAUAGAGAGUGCUGAGAAUCAGCUUAGACGAAAACCUGAAUUGGAAGAAGAACCAUCUGUAAUUAGAACAUUACGAAAUCAGCAACAGCAAAUAGAGAGUACUGAGAAUCAGCUUAGACGAAAACCUAAAUUAGAAGAAGGACCAUCUGUAAUUAGAACAUUACGAAAUCAGCAACACCAAAUAGAGAGUACUGAGAAUCAGCUUAGACGAAAACCUGAAUUGGAAGAAGAACCAUCUGUAAUUAGAACAUUACGAAAUCAGCAACAGCAAAUAGAGAGUACUGAGAAUCAGCUUAGACGAAAACCUGAAUUGGAAGAAGAACCAUCUGUAAUUAGAACAUUACGAAAUCAGCAACAGCAAAUAGAGAGUACUGAGAAUCAGCUUAGACGAAAACCUAAAUUGGAAGAAGAACCAUCUGUAAUUAGAACAUUACGAAAUCAGCAACAGCAAAUAGAGAGUACUAAGAAUCAGUUUAAACGAAAACCUGAAUUGGAAAAAGAACCAUUUGUAAUUAGAACAUUACAAAAGCAGCAAACAAGCUCAAAACAUAUAGAGGAAGAAAAGAGCCAAGAACUGUUUGAGGAUAUUUUUGUGAAUCAAUUUACUGAAACCACUGCCGUUGCCGACCUUGAAACGUGGAAUAAGUGUGAAAAAUUUGAAUUGCAGCGUGUAAUGAAACAGUUUCCAAAGAAUGCAUUUGAAGAAAUGAUAAGAUGGACUGAGGAAGGAAAAUUGUGGCACUUUCCUAUUGACAACGAGCAAGGCCUGGAAGGAGAGAACGACGUGCAUUUCUCAAAACACGUAUUUUUGGAACAACAUCUAGCUGAAUGGUGUCCUACUAAAGGACCAAUACGACAUUAUAUGGAAUUAGUGUGCAUAGGGCUUUCAAAAAAUCCAUAUAUGACAGUUAACGAGAAGAUAGAUCAUAUAAUGUGGUAUAAAGAGUACUUCGGAAACAAACAGGAUUUAUUGAAAAAAUUGGGACUUGCAGCAUAAAAAUUUUUGUAGUAAAAGAGUACGCAAUAAAACAGUAAAUUUACAGUUA